AUCGCGGGGGGUCCUGAUAUAAAACGCGCUCUCCGCUUAACGCAUUCGCUCAGAUGCGUCUCUGUGCGCGGCGUCGCCAAAAGAUCAAACCCCUGUUAAGGUGUUCGGGAAGGCGCACCGGACACCCAUCAUGCUGUUGCUCAUUCUCCUAACGAGCUUGCUGGGUUUACCAGGACCGGAGGGUCAGAGCAUAAGUCCGAGCCCGAACCCGAGCGCACCUCUGCACGCCCCGGUAACCGAGCCGGUACUGGUAUCGAUGUCAGUCAGUGAGGAGAGCGCGGUGCAAUGCUCCGCAGCCUGCGAGUCUCGAGAACAGAGCAAACUGCUGCGCCUGCACUCCAUCCGCUCUCAGAUCCUCAGCGCGCUCCGCUUGCAGCACGCGCCCAACCUCACGCGGGAUGACGCGCGACAGCUCGUGCCCAAAGCGCCGCCGCUGCUCGCGCUGCUCAGCCGCUACGAGACGGGAGAGUACGAGCAGCAGGAGGAACACGAGGAGCCCAUCACCGAGACCAUCAUCACCAUGGCGACCGAACCACAGAGUGAAACUGAAGCUGACAAUGUGCCACGAUGCUGCGUAUUUUCUCUGAGUCCAAGGAUCCUUCCUGACAACAUCGUAAAGGCUCAACUCUGGAUAAACCUGCGCCUGGACAAGGGAGCAACGAGUGUUUACAUGCAGAUUUCACGUUUACGGCCUCCCUAUAGCAGCAACCCAAGACCCAAAAUCCUGUCUCUAAAGAUCGAAGUCGAUACCCAGACCAACCCCUGGCAAAACAUCGACAUGAAACACCUGCUGCAGUCGUGGCUUAAGCAGCCCGAGAGCAACUUUGGCAUUGAGAUCAAGGCCUUUGACACCGAGGGAAGAGAUCUGGCUGUGACCUCUGCUGAAUCAGGGGAGGAGGGGCUUCAACCAUUUCUAGAAGUAAAAAUCAUGGAGGUUCCAAAACGCUCCAGAAGAGAAACUGGUCUAGACUGUAACGAGCGCUCGUCAGAGUCCCGCUGCUGCCGCUACCCCCUCACCGUGGACUUUGAGGACUUCGGUUGGGACUGGAUCAUCGCGCCCAAGCGAUACAAGGCUAACUACUGCUCAGGUGAAUGUGAACAGGUGCACCUACAGAAGUUCCCGCAUACGCAUCUGGUGAACAAGGCAAACCCGCGUGGUACGGCUGGACCCUGCUGCACACCCACCAAGAUGUCUCCCAUCAACAUGCUCUACUUCAACCACAGAGAGCAGAUCAUUUAUGGGAAAAUCCCUUCUAUGGUGGUGGACCUCUGUGGGUGCUCUUGAGUUUUUCCGUUUCAGUUUCUGCUACAACACUCCACACAAUAACCUUACAAUAAUACUUACAUUAGGACCAGUUUAUCACUCAUGCUUCACAACAAAUGCAGUUUAGAUCAAUGUCAGCGCUAGUAUGUUAUCCAAUAAUCUCAUUCCUGCAUUAACUAUACAGUAAUACAAUGGUAGGCAAGACUCAUUGUGUGUGGAUUAUGGAAAGUAUAAUUACUGUAACUAGAAAUACUGCCGUAACAUUCAACACCAGGUUGAUGAAGGUGUGGCGUUAAUGUCUUCAAUAAAAUUCCUGAUGAAGAUAA